AUGGAGUGGUUCAGGGUAGUGCUACAGCAAUACGAUUGUAACUUUAAAGCGAUUCGCAUUUAUGAAUCCAAAGCUUUCUGUUGCCAUCAAUUCCUGACUCCAUGUCUUUAUUCAGUAACUGUACGAGAGCUUGCGAGCUUUCAUAUCCUGAUGCACCAAAAGAACGUGGUCAAGACGAACUUUCUCGGCGGUCUUUUCAUUUUAAAUAUUGUUGUGAACGACGAUAUUUCAAAAUUAUUUGGUGUAAGUGAGCGAUAUGGCAGUGAGCGACAGAAUCCGUUUGAAGACGUGAGCAAGGAUUCUUGCUCUCACAUAAAAAUCGGGUUGAAGCCAUCCAGAAUAUAUGAAGCAUGGAACUGCUAA